GUCCUGUGAAGCUUUAGUUCUGGCCCCCGAAUUCUCUGCCCUGCUACAGUAUGGUCCGAUUCAUUCACGAGUAAUUUGAAUCAAUCGGUUACGAUUAUCAGGUUCCUACUUAGAGAAAACUACAACAUUAGUCGAUGCCAUUUAGCACACUAAGAUGGCCCUCCUCGGAAGCAUUCCACCGAGACCUAGCCCGAAUGAUGUCUUGCUAGCGCAGCAUCGGCAGCCACUGAAUAUGCCUGUGCUUUAAGGUGACCGUAAUGACGACCCGGCGACUUGUCAGCGCAUGUUCGCAUUAGGAGUGAUCCGCUCAGAACAGGAAUUUUAUGCAUGGCUAGUCAAUCACUUUCGCGUGUGGACUGUGCAUGGAUGCUGUGUGAAUUCCCCACCUCAGAAAUAGUAAUCAAGGAAAAUUCCAGACACAGAAAUGGAACAAUGAAUCCACUCAAGCAGCAUGGAUAGUGAAGAUUACCUAGCGUUAAGACUGAAUGGAGCUGGUUCGGAAUUUGAACCAGUACAUCCGCAAACACCACCCUCUCGGAAAUCCAGUCGGCGUGGUCAGCAUUGGCGUUAUAAUAUUCACUUGUGGGCUGCUCAGCUUCCCGUUUCUACUGAUUUUUCUUCAUGUGGCAUGCAAGUAUCAGGAGUAGAGAAUGCGUGAAGCCAUUCAGAAUGACCCGAUUGUUAAAAAUUAUGGCUAAUAUUUUUCCCGAACAAAGAUAGUAUCUGAAGGGAGCGAGGAGCCACAGAAGCUGUCAAAGUUGCCUUAAAUACAGCAUAAUGGUGCAUCAGAGACCUAUUAGGAGAAACGCAAAGGGACAGUAAAACUGUGUCCCUGGCAUUGCAAAUAUGACAGUUCGGAUCUACGAAACUGUGGUCAACAGUACGCUAUGCCUCCACAACAACCUCAGAUUAUGGGUAAUGCACAAAGGAUGCUGUAAAGAAAAUUGGGGAG